AUGAAAUCCAUGCAACUUUCGCGCGCCGUCGCUCGUUUGGCUGGGUCCAGUUUGCGCUUGGCGGCCGUUCGUCCCGCUCUUCGUCAAGCCGUCCGCUUCUCAUCGAACGAGUCCUCCGUCACCAAGGACCUGACUCAGCGCUUGAACGAGGAGAUCGAGGCCGAGAAACGGUUGGAGAAUGAGAAUUUGGGAGGCGCGGCUCAGCCAACCGUCCCUGGCUUCCAGCUCAAAACCAAAGACGCUGAAGUCAGAUUGACGAAGAAGCAUGGACCUGAAGAAAUUCUGGUCGUGUUCAACGUGAAUCACUCUGUCGAUGUCGAAGAAGACGAUCCAAACUCGGAUUUGGGUAAGAGUUUUAAAAUUUAUAUUGUUCUUGAAGUUUAGGUGAAGUUUGAGGAAGCGUUUGAUGGAGAAGUUAAUAAUUGUUAGCCGAAAAUUUGUUGAGAGCGAGAUCCUAGCAUACUCUUAGUCUGGGAAAAAUAUUUUACUCAUAACUUUUUGCUACAUCGAGUUUGAGCCUUUUCCGAUAUUACACUUGCUCCAAAAAGUUCCUGUGCGAAUUAGUCGAUUGCUUUUGAGCAAGCUGUCUUUUUUAUUGCUUCAGUGGUUAGAAAAGAAUCUAUUUUUCGAAUUUUAGCUCCAACCCCAGUUGCCCUUCCCCCAUUCAGUGUUGAAAUUACCAAGGGAUCUCAACGUCUCUGCUUCAACAUGAUUCUUGUUGAAACUGGAGAUGAAGACCAAUUUGAUUUCCGUGUGGAGGAAUUCUACGUUGCUCCAGCUGCCAAGGACGGAAAUGAGGAUGUUGCGGAUGAGGUCUAUGCGUCCAGCGGCAAAUACAUUGAUCCUGUAAGUUUUUCAACAUGGGUAACAUGUUUUCUGUUCAAAGUUUAGGUCUUCUUGGGUUCGAUUCUAAGGUAUACUAUUUCAGAACCUCCAUGAUGUCCUCUUCGUCCGGUACCUGGAAGAGCGCGGUAUUGACGCCGAGUUCUGCCGUAAUUUGGUCCAAUUCGCCACUCACUAUGAACAUCAAAAAUAUGUUGGUCUCCUUUCGCAAAUCCGCGACUUUGUCUCCAAGAAUUAA